AUGCGUAUCCUGGUGAACCUGCUGCUUGACACUUUGCCCAUGCUGGGUAACGUCCUCCUCCUCUGCUUCUUCGUAUUCUUCAUCUUUGGCAUCAUUGGGGUACAGCUCUGGGCGGGGCUGCUGAGGAACCGUUGCUACCCAGAGGACAACUUCACACUGACUACAGGUAUCAGUCUCCCUCGACCUUACUAUAUGGCGGAUGAAGAUGACGAGAGGCCUUUCAUCUGCUCCUUACCUAUUGACAAUGGCAUCAUGUCCUGCUCAGAUGUUCCAGCCCGUCGUGAAGGAGGCAGGGCCUGUUGUUUGGAUAAAGAGGAUGUUGUCUACCGCCAGUCUAUUGGAUUGAGUCCUGAACCUUUGACCAAUGGCAGUAUCAGUGUGGCUGGUCUGUGUGUUAACUGGAAUCAGUAUUACACCAGAUGUCAUACUGGAAGCAGUAACCCACACAAAGGUGCCAUCAAUUUUGAUAACAUUGCCUAUGCCUGGAUUGUCAUCUUUCAGGUGAUCACUCUGGAGGGCUGGGUGGAAAUCAUGUACUAUGUAAUGGAUGCUCACUCUUUCUACAACUUUAUCUACUUCAUCCUGUUAAUAAUAGUCGGUUCCUUCUUCAUGAUCAACCUGUGCCUUGUGGUCAUCGCAACCCAAUUUUCAGAGACGAAGCAGCGGGAGCAUCAGUUGAUGCAGGAACAACGAGCUCGGUGCUCGUCCUCCUCAACGCUGGCCAGUGAGCCAGGAGAUUGUUACGAAGAGCUGUUCCAGCUGGUCUGCCACUGCCUCCGCAAGGCCAGGAGACAAACUGUUGCCUUUUUUAACACCUUGAGAGGUAAGCCUCGUGGAUUCCGGGGUGUUGGAAGAGGAAGACCAGGUGGGGAAGAAAGGGAGAGGCAGACCAAUGGAAGGGGAGAACGUGAGAGGAGACUGGCAUCAAGGCCAGGUUAUCGGUGCCCUCAUCAUAAUAAACCAGACAACACCUCACCAGCUGAGCCUCUAGCCCUGACUGCUACCUCGAAAGUUGCUGGUUGCCCUCAGUGUGCAAAGGAACUUACAGACGGAGUGGGGCCUGUAUGUGUAGCCGGUGAUGAAGCAGAAGAGGAAGCCAUGGAGAAAACCAACAAUGAGGAUAAGCAAAAAGAAGGAAGCAAAGUCAAGGACAAGAAAAAACCGAAAGGUGCGGAGAACCAUAUAGGCUGUAGUCCAAAGAAGCGAUGCAAAGAACUUUGGGAGGAGAUAAGGAAGAAGCUGUGGAGCAUUGUAGAGAGCAAGUACUUUAACCGAGGCAUCAUGACAGCCAUCCUAAUUAACACCAUCAGCAUGGGCAUUGAGCACCACGAGCAGCCGGAUGAGCUCACCAAUGUGCUGGAAAUCUGCAACAUCGUUUUCACUAGCAUGUUCUCCCUUGAGAUGAUCCUGAAGCUCACUGCUUUUGGCUCUUUCAGUUACUUGAGAAACCCCUACAAUGUCUUUGAUGGAAUCAUUGUCAUUAUAAGUGUGUGUGAGAUUGUUGGGCAGUCGGACGGUGGUUUGUCUGUGCUGAGGACAUUCCGACUGUUGAGGGUGCUAAAGCUGGUAAGGUUCAUGCCAGCUCUCAGGAGACAGCUUGUGGUCCUAAUGAAGACCAUGGACAACGUGGCCACAUUCUGCAUGCUACUUAUGCUCUUCAUCUUCAUCUUUAGCAUCCUUGGGAUGCACAUCUUUGGCUGUAAAUUCAGUCUGAAGACAGAGGCUGGGGAUACAGUACCAGACAGGAAGAACUUUGACUCCCUGCUGUGGGCUAUUGUCACUGUUUUCCAGAUUUUGACCCAGGAAGAUUGGAACGCGGUUUUGUACAAUGGCAUGGCAGCCACCUCACCACUUGCUGCUCUUUAUUUUGUGGCGCUCAUGACCUUUGGAAACUAUGUCCUCUUCAAUCUGCUUGUGGCCAUUUUGGUUGAAGGUUUUCAGGCAGAGGGUGAUGCCAAUCGUUCAUACUCUGAUGAUGACCACUCUUCUUCCAACAAUGAUGAGAGUGAGAAACACGACUCCAUAAAAUUGUCUGAUCCAAGGAUUUGUACUCUAACCCCAAACGGUCACCUGGAGCAUGGUGCCCUCUCUGGGUCCAGGGGAUUCUACUCUUCAGAGAAGCGGAGCUUCAACAAUGAGUCUAGAAAGAGCAGCUUGAUGAGUCUGGGGAAGAGCAGCCUGGAGAGACGCUCCCUUUCUCUGCGCCAUGGUCGCAGUUCCAAUUACCACAACUGGGGACGACCCUUUCCUCCACAGUCUGGAUGGAGUCGCAGGUCCAGCUCAAACAGCCUUGGUAGGAGGAGUUAUGGUUUUGGUGGGGCACCUCUUGUUGGAGGCAGCCUGCGUGUGCGCAGCACCUGCUCCUCCUACUCCUACAACCAUGCUUCAGAGCAGGAAUCCCUUCUCUCGCACUCUCUCCACUCCCAUCAUUCCCAUCAUCCUCUCCCACCCCCGUUGUUCCUCUCCAGACAUUUCGGAGCAAGAAGGGAUCGACGAGCUCUUUCCCUGGAACUCCCAGAAUUGCUCUGUACAGGUGGACGAGCUCCAGGACUGCCACCCAUUCAGGUUCCAGAUCAUGGAAGAAAGAGUGGGUCUGGGGCACCGGGCUCUCUUACGGGAGGCUCAGGAGCUGGUAGUGGUUUAGGACUGGACCACCGGGACUGCAACGGCAAGGCAUCAGGUCACCACAAUCAUUUGAUAACUGAUGUUUUCCCUCAAGUCAAUGCACGCAAGGAUAGAGCAGAUCUGGAUGAAGAAACAGACUACAGUUGUUGCUUUCGUAUCCAGAAGAUGAUGGAGGUAUACAAGCCAGACUGGUGUGAGACUAGAGAGAACUGGUCUGUUUAUCUGUUCUCUCCGCAAAACAAGUUCAGGGUUCUCUGUCAGUCAAUCAUUGCCCAUAAGCUCUUUGACUACGUGGUCUUGGUCUUUAUCUUCCUGAACUGCAUCACAGUGGCUUUGGAGAGGCCUAAAAUUCUUCAAGGAAGCCUGGAAAGACUGUUACUUACCCUUUCAAACUACAUCUUUACGGCCAUCUUUGUUGCGGAGAUGACCGUCAAGGUUGUGUCCAUGGGCCUAUACCUUGGAGAGAAAGCAUAUCUGAGGAGCAGCUGGAACAUUCUGGAUGGUUUCCUGGUUUUUGUGUCUUUGAUUGAUAUUGUAGUGUCGAUGGCAGGAGGCGCUAAGAUCCUGGGAGUUCUACGUGUUCUCAGGUUGCUCAGGACACUACGGCCCCUCAGGGUUAUCAGCAGGGCUCCAGGCCUGAAGCUGGUGGUAGAGACGCUAAUUACUUCCCUCAAACCCAUUGGCAACAUUGUUCUCAUCUGCUGUGCCUUUUUCAUCAUCUUUGGCAUUCUUGGAGUACAGCUCUUCAAAGGCAAGUUCUACUACUGUGUGGGUUUGGAUGUGAAGAACAUCACUAAUAAAUCUGACUGCCUCACUGCCAACUACCGAUGGGUUCACCACAAAUACAAUUUUGACAACCUUGGACAGGCUCUUAUGUCGCUAUUUGUGCUGGCAUCAAAAGAUGGCUGGGUUAACAUCAUGUAUCAUGGAUUAGAUGCAGUGGGAAUUGACCAGCAGCCGGUGACCAACAACAAUCCAUGGAUGCUGCUCUACUUCAUAUCUUUCCUCUUGAUUGUCAGUUUCUUCGUCCUCAAUAUGUUCGUGGGCGUGGUGGUGGAAAAUUUCCACAAAUGUCGGCAGCACCAGGAAGUGGAGGAGGCAAGACGUAGAGAGGAAAAGCGCCAGCGCCGCAUGGAAAAGAAGAGAAGAAAGGCCCAGAAACUGCCAUACUAUUCUUCUUAUGGCCAUACACGCCUGGCUAUCCAUGCUCUGUGUACCAGCCACUACCUGGACCUAGUAAUCACCUUCAUUAUCUGCAUUAAUGUCAUCACUAUGUCCCUGGAGCACUACAGCCAACCACAGUCCCUUGAGACUGCCCUGAAGUAUUGCAACUACUUCUUCACCUCCACCUUUGUGAUUGAGGCUUCUCUCAAGCUUGUUGCCUUUGGCUUUCGGCGCUUCUUCAAGGACAGGUGGAAUCAGCUGGACUUGGCUAUAGUGUUGCUGUCUGUAAUGGGCAUCACUCUGGAGGAGAUUGAAAUAAACGCCUCCCUUCCCAUCAACCCAACCAUCAUCAGGAUCAUGAGAGUGCUCAGGAUAGCAAGAGUGCUGAAAUUACUGAAAAUGGCAACAGGCAUGAGGGCCCUGCUUGACACAGUGGUCCAGGCUCUCCCUCAGGUUGGAAACUUAGGCCUUCUCUUCAUGUUGCUGUUUUUUAUCUACGCUGCUCUUGGAGUGGAGCUUUUUGGAGAGCUCGUUUGCAAUGCUGACUACCCUUGUGAGGGAAUGAGCCGCCACGCUACAUUUGAAAACUUUGGAAUGGCUUUUCUUACACUCUUCCAAGUGUCAACAGGUGACAACUGGAAUGGCAUCAUGAAGGAUACUCUGAGGGAGUGCCCAUCAGAUCGCCCAGGCACUGACUACGGCUGUCAUGCUGGACUGCAGUUCAUCUCUCCAUUGUACUUUGUGUCAUUCGUACUCACAGCUCAGUUUGUCUUGAUAAAUGUGGUUGUUGCUGUGCUAAUGAAGCACCUGGAUGACUCCAACAAGGAGGCGCAGGAGGAUGCAGAGAUGGAUGCUGAAAUUGAGCUGGAGCUGGCUCAGGGGGGGCUCUGCUGCAUGAUGGGAGGCAUUGGAGCCAUCGCCGGGGCCACUGGUGGGGCUGCGGCUGGGGCAGGCAUAGGUGGAGCACCAAGCGGAGCAACUGCAGCAGGGACAGUCGGGGGUCCAAGUAGUAGGGUAAAGGCUCCACUGCGAGAUGGAGGAGGAGGUAGCUCAGCUCAUGAGGGACACACUCACCCUCGAUGUCGUCUCUAUUCUCCUUCUCAAGAGAGCCAGUGGCUGGACAGUGUGUCUCUGCUGAUUAAGGACUCAUUGGAAGGAGACAUGAUUGACAACCUGUCUGGGUCAGUUUUUCACCACUACUGCUCUUCUCCUGUCUGCAAGGAUUGCAAAAGUCACUCACAAGAGAUCCGAUUGGCAGAGGUGGAGCAGGCAUCACUGAUGUCAGAACAGCUGUCAGACAAAUCCUCAUCUCCAGUGUUACCCGAUGACCUCAGCCUGGAUGAACACAGCAGCUACCAGCUGCUUGUCAGAGACAGUAAGAGGGGCAGCAGUGACUCUCACAGUUCAGAGGAGUUGCUCAUGCAGGGAAGCUGCAGAAGACAUCACCCCUCUAGUUCAGGAAGUAAUGGUGGAGUUCAGGAGUGUGUGAAGUUCAUCCGUCCACCUCUAAAUCCUCCUUCACGAGAGCAGCAAACCUCAGCACAUGAAAAAGAGAUCAGUGAAAAAAGAUGCAGUAGAGCUGGUGAUGUCGCUUCACUCAUUUUUCACCUACCAGCAGACUUUUUCCACCCAGCUUCUGCAGCACACUCAGACAGUCAUGGGGACAGCAUGAGCCCUAACGACAUAAGCCCAUCCAGGUUGGCCUCCCCUGCCUCCUGGGCCUCCCUACGCUCUCCUGGAUCCAGCAGCAGGCCUUUAAGCUCUCAGCACCCAUCCCACAGUGACUCAACCUUGGCCACUGGCAGUUCAGAUGGCAGCCUGCAGGCCACACUGGAUGAAGGGCUCAGCUUUAGCGUCUGCCCACCUCAACAGCUGGAACUCCCUGUGCCUCUCCUCUGCCCUGUCCCCCGCCUUUCGUUGCACCCUCGAGAAACUGCCACAGCAGAUCCAGAGCAGUCAUUGAUAAACAGACGGAGUUCUGCUCUUACUCUGCAUGCGAAUCGAAGGAAACAGAGGAGCCACAGCAGCAGCAGCAUUGGAAGUACCAGCCCAGGCUGCCCCCAGCAGUACUCUAUGGAGCCCUCAGAUGAAGAGGUGGGCACAGGGACAAGAAGAGAUGGCUGCCGCCAAGCCCUCUACAGCGAACAUUUGUCAGAAACACUGAACAGCCUCUCCCUUACGUCGCUGCUCACCCCAGGCGCUCUGGCACCCACAGUGAUGAAGAAAUGUAACAGCACAGGCUCUCUAGACCAGUCAAAUCUAUCUGCCCGAGGUAAAGAUGGCCGACACUUAUGUGCCGAUCCCCAUGGUUUCUUGUCCAACCCCUGGACUGAGGGAAGGGAAAAAGGUCCACAGGAGGACAGUAAUGUGACAGGCAUGAAGAGCAGCACUCGACAUAUCAACACAAGCUCCAGGAAAAAAAGAUGAAACACCUCUUGCCCUUCUGUUGUGGAACAGUUAAAUCAUCUGCAUUUCUGGUGUUUGAGCAGAGUAUGAAGAGACCUUUUAACACAGGUCCUGUGAAAAAAUUCUUAAACAAUUCACUUCAUUCAGUGUUCUGUUAUAUUAAUUUUCUCCUCAGAUUUGGCUGCUUAAGAUAUGUAAUUUCAUAAAACAUGCCUCAUUUUCCCUUUUGCACAGGACACGGUUAUCUUUUGACAGAUUUUAACAGUAAUUACAAGCUGAUUCACCUUUUAGCACAACCUUGAUUUGGCUUUGAACUUUGCCAGUCUUGGGCUUUAUAUCUGAAUAAUCCUGAUAGGACAUUCACAAAAGCAAUUAGAGAAAACAGGCCUGAAGUUUGUAGUGAUUGACAAACAUUACUAGGUGAUAUUAAAUUACAGGACACAGGGCUUGCUUGACCCUAUGUGCCCGCACCCUCUGUUAAAAAAAGAGAACAGUCUUGCAUGGCUGAUUAUAACCUAUGAAGCUCCUUUUUGAGGAAGAACUGAACUUUGUACAGCUAGUCUUGUAGUCUUUUUUAAUAUCCAUGGAUAACAGUAGCAUCCCCCUUUUCCAAUCUCUAGUGAAUAUGGUAGAUUAACAAAGAACUGUAUUUUAUUUUUACAAUUAUUUUUUUUUUUCAGUUUUAAAAGACACACGUGUCUUUAUUUGUGGGAAAAAGAAAGAGGGGACACAGAUAUAAGGAGACAAGCCAGGAGCAUGGCAAAUCUAAGAAUAGGUAAAGGGACUCUACUAAAAAGAAAGACUUCAUUAAUGCUGCUGAAAAUUAAAGUGAGGAGUUGGAGGAAGCAUUGUUCACUUUAAGAGACAGAAACAUUUUUACUUUUGAAGUACAUAUGAAGGGCUAUAAUGUACUGAGUGCAGACCUGGGCUAAAUACUAUUGUUAAAUAACACCUCAUUUAGUUUUAUUACAAAUUUUAUCUGGGCAUUUCCAUUAACCAAAAAUACUUCACUAAUGUGAAUAUGUAGACAUGGAAAUAUGCAGUCACAAAUAUGUUCCCGUAGUAAAUGUCUGAAACACCCAAAAUAUAAAAAUUUAAAUUAUCUUUAGAAGUUUUAUAUCAGAAUAAUGAAAUGUAACACUUCUCAGUUUCAGGAAAAAGGCAAGAGGUUCUUCUUACUUGUUAGGGCAUGUCUUUGGAUAGGAUUGAAGCCAGUGUGCCCUGCUUACCUAAAACACAACAACAUCUGCAUUACAGCGUCCAACAUCGCAGGGCAGGGUUUUUUUGAGAGUCUGCUUUGACAGGGUGCUUAACAGUAAAUGCUUUUGCCUUUUUUGUGCACUUGCAGUUUGGACUGUAGCACACUUUGUCAGGUACAAAAAGGAAUGCUUUCAUACCAACAAUAUGUCAAUUCAUACCAGGCUUGGCUAUGUGGUUGAGUCAGCUUUUCAAAAAGUAGUCAUUUGACCCAGGUCUGCUUGAGUGUAGCAUGUUUUUAGAAAACAGUAUGGCAAGCAAUGUUGGUUAAAUUGAUGUUGUAUGCUUCCUUGAACACUUGAUGUAUUGACAAAAAGUGAUUACCUAUCCUAUCAUAUAUUUAUGUCACAGUCCAUAAAUAUCCAACCAAGUAGACCUCAGGUGGACCAAUGCUCUCAAAAUAAUCAUAAAAUACUACAAACACAAACAGCCACAUCCCCCGUAACAAGAUGUUGAUGUCAACACUAUGCAGGAUUUCUUUGUACUUGUUUCAGACAAGACAGAGAAAACCUCGGUGUUUAUGACCUCUACUUCGUAUUCAUCCCCAUUGUUGAGCUAACCCAGUCAUAUAACCUCCCUUCAGUAAGGAAAAUUAAGUAUUAAAUGAAUACCCCACCUCUAUCUAAGAUAUGCAAUAUGCUGCGGUGUGAUGAUGUACAGUUAGAUGUAUGAGACUUAUAGAGAUAGGCAAUAUAAAGAGAAAAGAUUGUAAUUUAUGAAUUUAUGUAUUCGAAUAAAAUGUCACCAUCAUUCAAAGGUCACCAAAAAGGAGAUUGUGUAUUAAUGUAUUCUAAAUUGUGUGUUGCCUUUCUCCACCAUCUCAAUCCAAUUUUAGUUUACUCAAAUGCAUGUUUUUCUUUUGUUGUUUUUCUUUUAGUUUUCUUAAAUGUCAGUCUUGUGUCAUAAAAAUGGAAUAGAUUUUAAACCGUGUCUGACUCUUGAUCUUUUUUCAUGAUGUUGUUUAAUAUAUAUCCCAUAUAUAAGAUUUGAUCACAG